CUAAUUUAUUCUCUCUUAGAUCUUGUUCCUCCACCACUACCACAGCCACUUACCGCCCCUUUUCACCGCCACCGAGAAACUCGGAAAAUAAAAGUAACCCGUAUGAGCCAUUUGGGUUGGCAAACCCGCCCGAAUUAGAGGAGAUCGUCAUCGUCUCCAACAUUUCGACCAGAAACAUCUCUCUCUCUAGUUGUGCCAUUACUAUCACUUAUUAGAUCGCUCCUUCGUUCACAAGCGAAACACACCAACCACCUCAUCCCUAACCUUAAUCUGCAAAAAAAAAAAUUUAAAAAAUUGAUCUUAUGAUUUACGUAAACAUCCCAACGUUUGAAUCAACAAACAAUAGCAACACAAACCCAACCCUAACCCCAAAUUUUCAUCAAAUGCUAAGGACCCUCCAAUUCAGAGUAUUAGCCGCCUGUGUGGUUCUCUUUGUAGUCCCCAUGGCAAUGGCGGGUUGGCAUCUCAGCCGCAACAAGAUGCUCUUUUUCAGCGGAGCCCUGUUCAUCACUCUUACUGUAUGUGUCCAUCUCAUUCCUUACUUGGCUUCAAUUUCCACUUCUUCAUCUUCAUUUUCAUCAUCAUCAGUACUAGUGUUAGAAAAUCGCUUUAUUUGCAUUUCGUUACUCCAUGAAAUUGUAUUCGAUGUCAAACCAAUUGGUGGAAUUGAAAACUUGGGUGUUUCGUCCAACUAUGGUGGGUGGAAUUGGUCAAAUUCUGCACCUGUUGUUGCUUGUGGGUUCGAAAAUUUUGGUGUGUCUGAUGCGUUGGAUAUGCUUAAGGGUUCGUGGGUGGUUGUUGCUGGGGACUCACAAGCUCGUUUGGUUGUUGUUUCAUUGUUGAGUUUGGUUUUGGGAUCGGAAGAGAUGGAUUCUAUUCGGGGUGAUCUAUUUAAGAGGCACAGUGAUUAUCAGAUUGUGAUUGAUGGAAUUGGAAUGAAAUUGGAUUUUAGGUGGGCACCUUAUGUGAUGAAUUUAACUGAUUUGAUGGUUGAAUUUAAGCGAAAUAAGAAUUUCCCAGAUGUUUUGGUAAUGGGGGCAGGUUUGUGGCAUAUGUUACAUGUGACAAACUCAUGGGAUUAUGGUGUUUCCUUGCGAUUGUUGAGGGACUUGGUGGUGUCAUUGGUACCAGCUUCUCGGGAAUUCGACACUCAUGGACCUGGACCUGCCGUAGGUUCCAAUUCCAUUCAAUCUCCCCACUUGUUUUGGCUCGGUAUGCCAAUGUUGAUCAACUCAAUGUUGAAUACAGAGAAGAAGAGGGAUAAGAUGACUAAUGCACUGCGGGAUGCUUAUGACAAACAGCUUUAUGGAAGUAAGCUCUUGCACCAAUCCGGUGGACCAUUUCUGUUACUGAAUAUUCUCUCAUUGAGUUGGAAAUGUGGGACGAUGUGUACAGAUGAUGGGAUGCAUUACCAUGGGGCUGUUUAUGAAGCUGCUGUUCAUAUCAUGCUGAAUGAGUUGCUUAUUGAAUCUCGUUAGAAGCUGUGAUGGAAUAGUUCUGUUUUCUUUUUGAUCUCCGAGGCACCAAUUUCUUGGAGGAAAUAAAAGGGUUCCAUAACUAGGUUACUGCUAUUGAUGUUUGCUAGGCUGCUUAAUUUGUCUACCUGAUUUUUUUCCACGUUCUUCCUUGGCUACAAAUUAACUCGGUAUUGAAAUUUUUGUGACAGUAGUUUCAUGUUAAGGUUAAUGCUUUACUUCUCUCCUUUCAACACAUGUUUGUAAAUUGUAUACUCACACAACAUGUAUUUCUAAAGUUCUAUAUGAAUAUAUUAAUACAUUCUUUGCAAUUUCAAUUAAGCCAU